AUGCCUCCUCGUGUCAAAGCCCCCAAACCCCUCCGCAAAUACAAGUACGCGAUUCACAGAGCCCCUGGCGCUCCUCCUCUCCCUACCUUAAGCAAUGUCGACAGUCCCGUCUCAAAAUCCCCCAGUCCAGUCCUCGCCCCUCGAAGACCCACCCCGGAAAAGAAAGUGCAGCCAGCAGUGCCUCGGUUCGCAUUCUCGUCUCUCAUGUCCGGCAUUGAGAAAAAUACCGAUACCAAAGUGGCUUCAAAAAAACUGAAAGUUGGUCUCCCGAGCUCUAGCAACGGCGGCACCAAGGCGACAAAAUCUCCGCCAACUAGACCAGCGAAAGAGGCUACCGCAAAAAUCUUAAAGAGAAAGCCUGUGGUCGAGACUAAGCCUGUAGUCAAAACCAAGCCGGUAGUCGAGACUAAGUGUGUAGUCGAGACCAGCAAGUCGGCCAAAACUACCACCAGCAAAAGAAAUGCCAACGACAUCAGCCGAGACAACUCAUCCACCUCAAUCGCAAAAGAGGAGCCCAUCAAAACUCUUACCAAGGGCACCAACAAGCGAAAACUCAGUCCAGAGGUCGUACAUGUACAUGAUAACCCCACACCACCGCCAUCAAAGAAGGCGCGCACUCAGGCUGAGACCCCGGUCCGCGAAACCUCUGUCCGAAAGCUCAAUACCAAGCCCAUCAAACCCAGUUCCCUCCGCACGAUCGCCGACACAAAACCUACAGCUAUGCUAUCUCCUCCUCGCUCUUUAUCCGAGCUACAACUGGCGAUGACAUCAAAAAUGCAUAAAUCUUCCUCCGGAACUUCCGAGAAUAGGGCGCCACUGCCGGCGGCAACAUCAAAAAUACACAUACCCUCCAAAGCUCCCGAGAAUAAGGCGCAACCGACUUACCGGGAGUCGUUUUUGGGACCUCUCGCUAUGCGUUAUGGAACGAGUACGCGCGAUAAAAUGGGACCGAAGUGGGCGAUAGCGCCUGAAGGGAAAAUGGAGAGGCGUUAUUGGGAAAGUUUGUCCGCAGUGUAG